ACAAACGGCAAAAAGUUGCAUCACUAAACCCACACGCCAUUUUUCUCUAUUUCUUCCUUUCUUCUGCAAAACCAGAAGUACCUGCAAAAGACGCCAUGGGCCGGUCAGUCUUCGCAUUUCUCUUGUUAUAAUCAUUAUUAUUUCCUUGAUCAGCUGCCACUUUUCUGUUCAGGGCAAUUUUGGUUCUACUGUAAGGAUUAAGCAUUUUUUAGGGCUUUAAGAGGUGGGAUUUCGAUCUAUAGCUUCUUUAGCAACUGGGUUUUGAAACAUAUACUGGUUUGAUGAGUAGGUAUUAAGGACCUGGACUAAUGGUUGCUUAGCUCAUAUUUGGAAGAGAUAGUAAAAUUCAGUAUCAAAGCAUCAAUCUUUCGCCAAUUUUGUGAACUUGGUUUGCAAGACGAACCUUUGAGUUUGUGGUGAUGAGGAAGAAUUGAGAUUUUCUGUUCAAAGCAAUUUGAUCUUUGAACUUCAAGUUUCCGUGGAAAUUUGAGUUUCAGUAUCCUGGCUCUCUGUUCUGUCAGGUGAACUGGGUUUUAAACAAUUCACUCAAGUAUCAUGGUGAUUGUGCAAAAUUAACUUAUCUGAAUUCAGCACUUUGAAACCGUCAACUGGAAUACUGGUUUUUAUUGAGCUUCAAUCAAUGGUUGCCUGUCAUAAUAGAUAGGCUGCACUGGAUGUGAAUUAUAUUGGUUGCGGUUUUUACGGUUUAUGACAUUGCAGUCCUGCGUUUCCAGAACUUCUAUAUAGCUUAGUUGUGGCUUGUGGGAUAUAGAGAUGUUAUUAUUUAGUUUAAAUGCUCAAAUGCGGAAAUGGAGCAUAAUAUUUUGUUGAGAAUGGCUAUUUCUGCAUUUACUCUGUUAUUGUUGGUGCAAUUUUCACAUAUACUUGCCUCUAGGUUUGAUGUACAUUCAAAGGUUUGCGGAACUGAUCACCUAGCCUUUUCAAAUUUUCAUGGUCGUGAAAUUUAUUACAUUAAUGGGAGACUUGUAGACAAAGAUUCAUUUUGUAAAGCUGUCCGCUUCCACUAUGCAAAUGAAUGCGUCUUUGAGAGCUAUCAUGGAAGUAGCUACUGCGGGUUGAACCCUUCAUUAGAUGACUUGCCCCUCAAUCAAGGACGAAAAAUUUUGCAAAAGGAUGUUGGUCAGGAUAUUCCCCCCAAAAAGAAGAAGGAUGAUCCCAUGAGUUUUUCAACCCCCAAACAAGUUGGUAUAGUCGCCACUGGAAUUGUUGUCAUCAGUUGUGGUCUUCUAUGUCCCUGUUUUUAUAGGAAAAGGAAAGCAACUUCCCACGAUGUCCUUGCAAAAGACCCAAUUUCAAUGGACUCAGUUUCAUCUUUCGAUAAUUCUGUUUCUGAAAAGGUUCCACCUAGUCCACUUCGGGUGCCACCAAGUCCUAAAUUUUCAAUGUCUCCGAAACUUAGCAGAGUGGGAUCAAUUCAUCUCAAUUUGAAUCAGGUUGCAAGAGCUACGCAGAAUUUUUCACGAUCACUUCAGAUAGGUGAAGGAGGCUUUGGAACGGUCUACAGGGCCCAACUAGAAGAUGGGCAGGUGGUUGCCAUAAAACGUGCGAAGAAGGAAAACUAUGAGAGCUUGCGAACAGAAUUCAGCAGUGAAGUAGAACUUCUGGCAAAAAUUGAUCAUCGGAAUUUGGUGAAGUUACUUGGUUUUGUAGAUAAAGGAAAUGAGCGUCUUAUCAUUACAGAGUAUGUGCCAAAUGGUACUCUUAGAGAACAUUUGGAUGGUCAGCGGGGAAAAAUUUUGGACUUCAAUCAAAGGCUUGAAAUAGCCAUUGACGUUGCUCAUGCACUUACUUAUCUCCACACUUAUUCAGAAAAGCAAAUUAUUCAUCGAGAUGUCAAAUCAUCCAACAUCCUUUUGACGGAGAGCAUGAGGGCUAAGGUUGCUGAUUUCGGGUUUGCAAAACUUGGUCCAGUGGAUGCUGAUCAGACUCAUAUUUCAACCAAAGUAAAAGGGACAGUGGGUUAUCUUGACCCUGAAUAUAUGAGGACCUAUCAACUCACCCCUAAGAGUGACGUAUAUUCAUUUGGGAUUUUACUUCUAGAAACUCUAACAGGCCGCCGUCCUGUGGAGCUAAAGAGACCUGCAGACGAGCGUGUAACGCUUAGAUGGGCUUUUAGGAAGUAUAACGAAGGAACUGUAGUGGAUAUGGUGGAUCCAUUAAUGGAAGAAAGAGUACAUGUGGAGGUACUCGUGAAAAUGUUUGCUUUGGCAAUCCAGUGUGCUGCACCUAUUCGAUCAGAUCGACCAGACAUGAAAGCAGUUGGAGAGCAAUUGUGGGCAAUAAGGGCAGACUACGUCAAGAGUCCAAAGCAUGGUUAACAACAAAAAGACCUAUCUGAGUAGCUUCCUCAUAAUCCUAUUCUACUCUUUCUGUCAGAUUUUCUUCUCAGCCUCUUGUGUAAACAAAUUUGUUUUUUUAUGUAAGAUACAAAAAACUUAGUUUCAUCUCUGAUUCACUACUCAUCUUUACAAGAAUAUACUUGGAAUUGUGGAUGUCUUGUUCUUCAAAUCUUUAUUUAGGUACGUCCGUUUAUGCCGAUGUAUAAAAGAUGAUGUACAUUUGCCUAGGAAGAUUGGUAUACCGAUUGACAAGUUUUCUUUCUA